AUGGAAACCCAUCGCAGUCGCCUGCUGACAACAGCUCGUCCUUAUCUACAGGUUUUCUCCGUAUUCGGGCUAACUCCUCCGCCUCUUUUAUUUAGCAGGACAAUGCAAAAGCGGCGUAGGUGGUGCUUGAUGGCAGGAUACGGCUGCUUUGCAUUUGGAAGCCUUCUGGUGGUCAUCUACGAGUGCUAUGAGAACAUUGUGGCCUUACACCAGGAUGUACAUCAGUUCCACGUGGAGGACUUUAGCAAAGUAAUGGGAAGGACACAGAAAGUUCUCAUCGUGGCAAUGGCCUUUUGCAACCAAUUAAACAUUCUCCUGAACUAUCGUCGUCUUGGACGAAUCUAUGAGGAUAUUGCGGAUCUGGAAAUAGAGAUCGAUAACGCCUGGAUGGGAUUCAGUGGAAGGAGAUACUGGUGGAGCCUACGAUUUCGAUUGGCCUUUGCCGUAGGACUGUGGAUGGUGCUACUCGUGGCUUUUAUACCCCGCUUUACCCUUAGGCGACCGGGAUCCUUUAACUGGGCUUAUAUAAUACCCACCCAGAUCAUCCUGAUAAUACUACAACUCAAAGGCCCCGAAUAUUGCUUGUUCGUGCUUCUGAUCUACGAGCUGAUUCUCCGAGUGCGCCAUGUCCUCGAUCAGAUCCAUGUUGAACUUAAGGAGUGCGAGUGCAGGGACAGGAUUCAGGAGCUGUGUGUGGCCUUGAAACGGAAUCAGCUGCAGGUUGGACGAAUUUGGAGGUUAGUGAGUGAGAUUGGCUCUUAUUUCACCCUCUCCAUGCCGCUGCUGAUCCUCUACAAUGGACUGACUAUCCUGCACGUGGUCAACUGGGCUCUCAUAAGAUCUAUCGAUCCGAACGAUGGCAGUCAAUAUAAGCGAUUUGGGGCAAGUCUUUUACUAUCGAUCAAUCUUCUGCUGGCCUGCUUGUAUAGUGAAUGGUGCAUUAAAGCUUACAAUAGCAUCACACACACUCUACACAAAAUAGGUUGCUUGCCUACAGCUGAAAAAUGGCCAAUGCUUAAAAUGGGCCUAAGGGAAUACUCCUUGCAAAUGGAACACCUGAAGCUGAUCUUCACGUGCGGCGGUUUGUUCGACAUUAACCUCAAGUACUUUGGAGGGAUGGUUAUCACUAUACUCGGCUAUAUAAUUAUUUUAGUACAAUUCAAAAUUGAGGUUUUUGCGCUAUUCAAAAAUAGCCAUAAUAUUAGCAAUACUACAGAUUAA